AUGGCCACCCAUGAGGUGGAAAACGCGAAAACCAUGAUUCAAGACAAGGAGUUGAGUGUUGCGAAUGCCGACUUUGCAGCUGCACUGGCACACGAUGCUCCCAGUGCUUGGGGAAAAGGGCACCUCGCCCUUUAUGGCUGCUGCAUUGUGAUCUAUCUCUGCUCUACCAUGAACGGCUACGAUGGAUCACUCAUGGGAAGCAUCAAUGCGCUUCCAAACUAUCUGAACUACUACAACGUCUCGGAAAAUGAACAAGCGGGUACAGGUAUCGUCUUCGCCAUCUUCCAGGUCGGCCAGAUGACUGGGGCUCUUUUUGUCUGGGUGGCCGAUUGGAAAGGAAGAAGAUGGCCCAUAUUCAUUGGAUGUUUUGGUGUGAUGAUUGGGACAAUCGUCACGUCGACGGCGAAGACAAUGGCUACAUUCAUUGGAGGUCGAUUUUUACUUUCAUUCUUUGCCACAUGGGCCACUACGGCGGCUCCAAUGUACGUCGUUGAGAUUGCUCCGCCCCUCUACCGGGGCACCGUGUCCGGGUUGUAUAAUACAUUGUGGUAUAUGGGCUCAAUCAUCGCCACAUUUGCUGUCUACGGGACUCAUAUUCAUUUGAGCGACUCGAACCUUGACUGGCGUCUUCCUCUGUGGCUGCAACUUCUCUGCCCAGGAUUUGUCUGCAUCCUCAUCUGGCUCCUUCCAGAGUCCCCUCGUUUCCUAGUGGCCAACGAUAGCCUUGAAGAGGCUCGAAACUUCAUCGUCAAGUUCCACGCCAAUGGAGAUGCUUCGCACCCUAUCGUCCGCCUCGAACUGGAGGAAAUUCAGCAGGACCUGCGCAAUGUGCCAUUGACUUCUUGGAGGAAUUUCUUCGACCUCCGAAUUUUGGUCAAAUCGCGCUCGAGACGGUACAGGAGUAUGUUGAAUUUUGCGUGGAGCUGGUUUGGACAGUUUUCGGGCAACAACGUCAUCUCUUAUUAUCUCCCUCUGCUCCUGACCAAUGUCGGCGUCACGGACACAAAUACGGUCCUCUUGCUUAAUGCCGUUUACGCACUCACUGGCUGGAUCGCUGCCGCUGCUGGCGCACGCUUUCACGACAUUAUUGGACGACGAAAAAUGAUGCUCGGUUCAACGUUUGGAAUGAUCAUCUGUCUUGCCAUCACAGCGGGAACUGCCGCCGGAUAUGUCAGUAGCGCCUCGCAGGCCUCAUCUCGAGCAAGUAUCGCCUUCAUCUAUAUUUUCGGCGUGGUUUUCGCCUUCGCCUAUACCAGUAUGCAACCGAUCUAUCCUGCAGAGGUCAUGUCCAACGAGAUGCGCGCCAAAGGAAUGUGGCUCUUCCAAUUCACAGCCGGUCUAGCCUCGUUUGUCAACACAUUCGCUGCUCCCGUGGCGUUGGACAAUAUUGGAUACUGGUUCUAUGUAUUCUUUGUUUUCUGGGACUGCUUCGAAUUACUCUUCAUCUACUUCUUCUUCGUUGAGACAAAGGGUAGGACUCUCGAGGAAUUGGAUGAGGUGUUUGAGUCCAAGAACCCUCGCAAAGCAAGCACUAGGAAAGUCGCUGUUCGGCAGCAGGAAAUCGUGGAUAGUCAGGGUAUACAUGGGUUUCAUAUUUCUAAGGUGAACUAA